AGACGAGGAGGCAUAGUCCUCGCCCCAGUGAGGGCGGAAGCGCCGAGAAGCCGUCGCAGCCCUUGGGCCAAUCCGUGAUGUCCGUUCGGCUUCUGCCCACAGCCAAGAUGGCGCCCGGCCGGGGUCUCUGCCGCGAAAAAUGGGGGCGUGACCAGCGGGCCUUUCGGCGGGAAGCGAAGAUGGCGGCGGUUGCCGUGGAAGUGACCGGGCUUGAGAAGCCUCCGCAGACCGAGAAGCAGCGAGGAGGAGACCCUGCCGCCUCUUCCUCCACGGGGGACGGCCAUUAUGAGUUGCCCUGGGUCGAAAAAUACAGGCCUGUGAAGCUCUCCGAAAUAGUUGGGAAUGAAGACACCGUGAGCAGACUGGAGGUCUUUGCAAGGGAAGGAAAUGUUCCAAACAUUAUUAUUGCAGGUCCUCCAGGAACCGGGAAAACAACCAGCAUCCUCUGUCUGGCUCGUGCGCUUCUGGGGCCUGCAUUGAAAGAAGCUGUUCUGGAGCUGAAUGCAUCCAACGACAGAGGCAUCGAUGUUGUGAGGAACAAGAUCAAGAUGUUCGCUCAGCAGAAGGUCACGCUUCCGAAAGGCCGGCAUAAAAUCAUCAUCUUGGAUGAAGCUGACAGCAUGACAGAUGGAGCCCAACAAGCCCUGAGAAGGACAAUGGAAAUUUAUUCCAAAACAACCCGCUUUGCUCUUGCUUGCAAUGCUUCCGAUAAAAUCAUAGAGCCCAUCCAGUCUCGCUGUGCAGUGCUCCGCUACACCAAGCUGACAGACGCUCAGAUUCUUGCCAGGCUGAUGAAAAUUGUUGAGAAGGAGAACGUGCAGUAUACAGACGAUGGGCUGGAAGCCAUUAUCUUCACGGCCCAGGGAGACAUGAGGCAGGCACUGAAUAACUUGCAGUCCACCCAUUCUGGAUUUGGCUUCGUCAACAGUGAGAAUGUCUUCAAGGUGUGUGACGAGCCCCACCCUUUGCUGGUGAAGGAGAUGAUCGGCCACUGUGUCAGCGCCAAUAUCGACGAAGCAUACAAGAUUCUUUCCCACUUGUGGAGGCUCGGCUAUUCAGCUGAAGACAUCAUUGGCAACAUCUUCAGAGUGUGUAAAACCUUCCAGAUGGCAGAGUAUUUGAAGCUGGAAUUCAUCAAGGAAAUCGGUUAUACUCAUAUGAAGAUAGCAGAAGGGGUAAACUCGCUCUUACAAAUGGCAGGACUGCUCGCCCGGCUGUGUCAGAAGACAGCAGCUCCUACAGCGAGCUGAGGCAAUGGAGAGGCGAUUGGCUUUGUGAGGGAGGGAUUCUGUAUGCUAACUGCGACCGGUUUGUACAACAGGUGUGUGUAUUUUGAGUUGUGCUUGGUGGAUCUGCGUACAGUUGUCAGAAAUAUUUGUGGGAUCAUGUUACUUGUUUUUUAAAACACUUUAGAUGAAAAUAAAGUUUGAUAUAAAAACUGAAGACCUCUCAUUGCACUCCAUCAAUGAGAUUUCUGCAGUCAGCUGA